GCAGGAACUCUAUUCGCUUUCUUUUAUUGGUUCCUCAAAGCGACGACGCCAUUUCUCACACGCCUUCACUCCCAUCUCGCUCUCGCCUCGAAUUCCCUUCUCCUUCGUCGCUCAUACCUUCAGAUCUCCGACUGGUGAUGCAGGGUUUUCUUACAUGAUGUGGUUGUUGCUGGUGUAAUAAGAAUUUAAAGAUGUCGUCUUCUUCUUCACAUAAUAUUGAGCUGGAGGCAGCUAAGUUUCUGCACAAGCUCAUUCAAGAUUCCAAAGAUGAACCUUCGAAGCUAGCCACAAAACUCUAUGUGAUAUUGCAGCACAUGAAAACCAGUGGGAAGGAACACUCAAUGCCGUAUCAAGUCAUAUCAAGGGCAAUGGAGACUGUGGUCAAUCAACAUGGUCUUGACAUUGAAGCUUUGACGUCCCCUCGUCUUCCUCAUGCUGGUGGUAGUAGUACCCAAAUGGAAGAUUCUGGAUCUGCACAUAUUGCUGGAUCUUCUCAAGUCGCUGGAGUUAACAAUGAGUCCAAAGCAAGUCUAGUUGAAAAUGAGAUGUCAAAAUAUGAUGCAUUCACUUCUGCUAGGCAGCUUGGUGGAUCAACCAGUGCAUCACAAGCCGUUUACCAAGGGCCUGGAACUCGAAGUAACAGAUCCUUCGAUCAUGACAGUCCAUCCAGCUUGGAUUCUAAGCCGGGAAAUGCCCAGUCUCACGAUAGGAAUGAGACAAUGAAUCAAAGAGAUGCCAAGUCAGGUGCAAAGAGAAAAAGGGGUGAAUCAUCGUUUUCGUGGGAUCAGAAUAUGGAUAAUUCUCAGCAAUUUGAUACUCAUGGGACAGUUGAUGACCAGACUAGAAAAAUGAGCAAAGUGGAAAUGCCUGCUACAGGUGACGCUGAGAAUUUGCAUGUCGGUUUGUCAUCAGAUGCAUACACGACUCCUCAGGGUGGAUGGCAAAACAGUGAAAUCACAGCAAUCAGGCCUCCAGCUCAUAGGGAUACUGGAAAAUCUGUCGCAGCAGAGGAUGUUCCGCCUUCAGGUCAACUUUUUAAAGAGCAACAAUUGAAGCAGCUCAGAGCCCAGUGCCUUGUGUUCUUAGCUCUCAGAAAUGGAUUGAUGCCAAAGAAGCUGCACAUUGAUAUCGCCCUUGGAAAUGUCUUCCCCAAAGAUGAUGGUUUCCGCAGAGAACUCUUGGAUCAGAAAGGAAGAACACAUUCUCUCAGUGAAUCGGGUAGCAUUGUCGAAGUCUCAGCUCCAUCAGCAAGAAUGGAUAAUCCUACCGGAAGAUUGGCUGAGAUGGACUUCUCAUCAAAAGAAACAGCGAUCCCACGAUUGGAGGACAAAAUCUCAAAUGCCAUAUUUCCUGAUGGACAAAAGCUUCUUCUGGCAUCUAACACUCCAGACGCUCCAGCGCAAAAUCAGGUUUCUGGUAGUCAUUCUGAGCUGGCUUCUUCUUCAGGCGGUGUAACCAAACACGCACCAGUAGAGAUGGUGGGGUGGCCCGGAACUAUUAACCGUAAUGACUCCUCAACUUUCACUUUUGAAUCAGACGAAUUAUGUGCUCCAGAUCAAGGGGAAGGUAACAUGCUACCGCCGCCUAAGUACACCAUGUCACAGAAGUGGAUUAUGGAUCGACAGAAUAAGAGACUUUUGGUUGAUCGGAGUUGGGGUCUUAAACAGCAGAAAGCAGACCAGGCAAUUGGUGCACGGUUCAAUGAGUUGAAGGAAUCUGUUACUUCCUCGGAGGAUAUAUCUACAAAGACCAAGAGUGUAAUAGAACUGAAAAAGCUUCAGUUGUUGAGUCUGCAACGUCGUUUGAGAAGUGAAUUUCUUCACAACUUCUUCAAACCUAUUGCAAAUGAUGUUGAGAACCUAAAGUCAUAUAAAAAACAUAAGCAUGGCCGGCGGAUUAGACAGCUUGAGAAGUAUGAGCAGAAGAUGAAGGAAGAGCGACAGAGGAGAAUUCGUGAGAGGCAGAAGGAGUUCUUUGGGGAGAUAGAAGUUCACAAGGAAAGGCUAGAUGAUUUAUCCAAAGCUAGGAGAGAAAGGUGGAAGGGCUUCAACAGAUACGUAAAGGAGUUCCACAAAAGAAAGGAACGCUUUCAUCGUGAAAAGAUCGACAAAAUUCAGCGGGAGAAGAUUAAUUUGUUAAAGAUUAAUGAUGUAGAGGGUUAUCUUCGUAUGGUGCAGGAUGCGAAGUCAGAUCGAGUGAUGCAACUACUCAAAGAGACAGAGAAGUACCUUCAAAAGCUUGGAUCCAAGUUAAAGGAGGCAAAAUCGUUGGCCAGUCGAUUUGAGAAUGAGGCAGAUGAGGCACCUGUUGAGGAUAAAACUGUUGAUAAUGACGAUGAGGGUGACCAGGCAAAGCACUACCUGGAAAGCAAUGAAAAAUACUACUUGAUGGCUCACAGCAUAAAAGAAAAUAUUAGCGAGCAGCCAGCUUCCCUAAAGGGUGGAAAAUUGAGGGAGUACCAAAUGAAUGGCCUAAGGUGGCUUCUUUCCCUGUACAACAAUCAUUUAAAUGGCAUUCUAGCUGAUGAGAUGGGUCUCGGGAAAACUGUUCAGGUUAUUUCGUUGAUUUGCUAUCUGAUGGACACAAAAAAUGAUAGAGGUCCCUUCUUGGUUGUUGUACCAUCCUCUGUACUGCCUGGCUGGGUGUCAGAAAUUAACUUUUGGGCCCCUACAAUUCAGAAAAUUGUCUAUUGUGGCCCUCCGGAGGAGAGGCGCAAGCUCUUCAAGGAGCAAAUUGUUCAUCAGAAGUUUAAUGUGCUUCUGACAACAUAUGAAUAUCUAAUGAACAAGCACGAUAGGCCUAAAUUAAGCAAGAUCCUUUGGCAUUACAUUAUUAUUGACGAAGGACAUCGCAUAAAGAAUGCUUCUUGCAAGUUAAAUGCGGACCUGAAACACUACAAUAGCUCCCACCGACUCCUGUUAACUGGGACACCAUUGCAGAACAACCUGGAAGAAUUGUGGGCUCUGCUUAAUUUCCUGUUGCCUAAUAUAUUUAACUCAUCAGAAGACUUUUCACAGUGGUUUAACAAACCAUUUCAAAGUAAUGGAGAUAAUUCUGCUGAAGAGGCGUUGCUAUCGGAAGAGGAGAAUCUGCUGAUUAUCAAUCGUCUUCACCAAGUUCUUCGACCAUUCGUGUUGCGGCGGCUGAAACAUAAGGUUGAAAAUGAACUUCCUGAAAAGAUAGAGAGACUCAUACGGUGCGAGGCUUCUGCAUAUCAGAAGCUGUUGAUGAAGAGAGUUGAGGAUAAUCUGGGCUCGCUUGGAAACAUGAAGUCGCGUGCAGUGCACAACUCAGUGAUGGAGCUUCGAAAUAUUUGCAAUCAUCCAUAUCUCAGCCAACUUCAUACAGAGGAGGUCAAUAGCUUAAUUCCUGAGCAUUAUCUGCCUCCGGUAAUAAGACUGUGUGGGAAGCUUGAGAUGUUGGACCGGCUCUUGCCCAAACUAAAAGCAACAGACCAUCGGGUUCUCUUCUUUUCAACAAUGACGAGGCUUCUUGAUGUUAUGGAGGAUUACCUCACCUUCAAGGGAUACAAAUACCUUAGGUUAGAUGGGCACACAUCUGGGGGUGAUCGCGGUGCUCUUAUUGACGGAUUUAACAAGUCUGAUUCACCAUAUUUCAUUUUCUUGUUGAGCAUACGGGCUGGUGGAGUAGGAGUUAAUCUUCAAGCUGCUGAUACCGUUAUAAUAUUUGACACCGACUGGAAUCCUCAGGUUGAUCUACAAGCUCAAGCAAGGGCUCACCGGAUUGGGCAGAAAAGAGAUGUUCUAGUUCUUCGUUUUGAAACGGUCAAUACUGUUGAGGAGCAAGUUAGAGCUUCAGCCGAACAUAAGCUUGGAGUUGCUAACCAGAGUAUAACUGCUGGGUUCUUUGACAAUAACACAAGCGCCGAAGAUCGUAAGGAAUAUUUGGAAUCCCUGUUACGUGAGUCAAAGAAAGAGGAGGCUGCUCCAGUGUUGGACGAUGAUGCCUUAAAUGAUAUUAUAGCCCGAAGGGAGUCAGAGAUUGAUAUUUUUGAAUCCAUCGACAAUCAAAGAAAAGAAGAUGAGAUGGAAACCUGGAAGAGCCUGGUACAGGGGUCAGGGUCAAAAAGUUCUGCACCCAUACCACCUAUCCCUUCUCGUCUUGUUACUGAGGAUGACUUAAAACUGCUCUAUGAAGCAAUGAAAAUGAAUAAUGUCCCGAUGGUUGCAGUAGAACCAAAUGUUGGCAUGAAGCGGAAGGGUGGUUCCGUAGGAAGCUUGGAUACUCAGCAAUAUGGAAGAGGCAAACGUGCCAGAGAGGUUCGAUCUUAUGAAGAGCAACUGACAGAGGAGGAAUUUGAAAAGAUGUGCCAGACUGAGUCAACCGAUUCUCCCAGAGGCAAGGAAGAAGAAAGUGAGAAGAACUUGGCAAAUGCUACAUCAAAUAUUCUGGGUGGAAACAUUGGUGAAACGAGUAUGGCAAAUGAUAAAGUAGAUAUUCUGACUGGAAACACUGGUGAAAAGAGUUUGGCAACUGAUAAAGUAGAUAAUCUGGCUGGAAGCACUGGUGACACAGUGCUCCCUACAUCUACAGCAUUGGCACUGACUCCACAACCCGUGGAACCUCUACAGAAAUCACAGCAGCCACUGAAAGAAGUAACAGAACCUGUAAAACGGGGCCGCGGCAGGCCAAAAAGAGCUGAUAAAACGCCGAAUCAAUUAUCUGCAUCAGUUCCAGGCAGGACACAUGCAACAGGGGAUGCCAGAUCAUCACCAGUUAUUGGUUCCGAUGUUGCCUCUGGAAGUCUUACUUCCCCUGAUUUAUCUGUUCCACCUGGUUUUCAACCACUUCCAGCUUCCAAUUCUUCCCCAAUGCCAACGAGAGGUCGGGGCAGGGGAAGAGGCAGGGGACGUGGUGCAGGUAGAGGAAGGAGAAUGGAAAAUAUGUUGCAGGGUGCUGACAGUUCCAUAGGUACUCAGAGAACUAAUACCCGAGCAUCUCUUUCUGGUGAUCCUGUAGCGUCCAAUUUAGUAACUCUUCCCGUCUCUUCGGUUGCUAUUGAUGCAAAAGUCCCUAAGCCUAUUAAAGCAAGUAGUUCUAAUCUUGAGUCGGGGCCUUCCAUACAUUCUGAUACUACUGCUGUGCAGCCCUCUCCUGCUGUCUCCCUACAAGAAAGUAGCCAGCUAGAUGCACCGCCUGGUUUUGGUUCUGGAUCUGGAUCACAUGUUCAGCCGCUAAAUGUAUCGGAGGAUUCCUUGGUAAAAAAGGCAGCUUCUAUAAAGAACAAGCCUGCUGUUCCAGAUGUAAGAAAUAACCAGGGUUCAGGAGUUGUAAAACAGCCAGUUAACACACCAAGCUCUACUGCUUUAGGCCCAGGUCAAAGUCAGACAACUGCACCUUUAAAUGCUAAUCAGCCAUUGAGUCCCCACCUUGUUGGUUCUACAGUUGAAGCUCAAGGCGCCAGUGUUCUUUCUCCUCCUGCCCCCAUGCCUGUGAAGAGGCAAGGUCGGAAGACGCCAAACAGAGGAGAAACUCCUAGACGGCGAGGAAGGAGACAUGUUCAAGCUUCACCUGCUGCUGAUGGCUCUUCUGCACGGAGUACAAUAUCAACACCACAAACCGAGGUCAAGGUUGGUGAUUCAUCAGGAUCCAAAAUUACAUCAGUUGGACACAAGUCUGAUGUUGUCCAAGAACAACCCCAUUUCAACCCGUCACUUGCACACUCGUCUGCCGGUACAAGUCAGGAAAAAAGAAAAGAAAUAUCAGGUGUUGUUGGUACUGGAAGGAAACAAACCACUGAUGUGACUGAUGUUGCUCGUGUCAUGAAAGAGAUAUUUUCGGAGACUUCCCUGUUAAAGCAUAAAGUUGGGGAGGCUUCUGAAACAACGGUAAUAAAUGAGCCAGAUGGAAAAUCCUCGGAAACGAUGAAUAUGCACAUAGCUAAGACCAGCAAGGCAGAGAAUAUAAUCCAACCUGCCGAUCAUAACUUGGGAGUAGAAACAAUCAGUUCCAGUGUUUCAGUAGAGAAGCAAAAGUCUGAGUCUUCAGUCAUGACUGAUAAGAUCAUUAAGACUUCGUCUGAUAUUGAGGCUUCUGUUUCUCACUCUGAUGAUAUAACACCUCAAGAUACUAUGCUCGUUGACUCAAAACGUCAUGUGGGUAGCGAGUUAGUUGAGACGGAACAGAAAGUAGCAACAUCAACUGAUCCCAAGGUACAAAUAGCAGCAUCUGUUUCCAGUGUUUCAGAAGAAAAUAAAAUUUCAGAUUCUUCUAUGCUGGUCCAUGGAAUUGUAAAACUUUCACCUGGAUCUAAGUCUCCUGUUGAUCAGCCUGAUGAUCCUCCAGCUCAAGGUACUGUCCCGGUUGAUUCCAAAAGCCCUGUAGACGAGGUUUUGCCUGAGAUAAACAAAGAUAGUCAAUCACCGGAGCCUCAGAAUGAUGGUAAUGUGCAAAGCUUACCAACACCUGAUGCUGAUUCCGCUGAGGCUCCUAAUAAACAGGCAGGGCCAUCUAUAUCACCUUCAGUUUCUCCUCAAGCAAUGAAGAUGACUGAAAAUUUUGAACUGAUAUCGAAGGAUUCCUCAGAAACUGUUCCAGUUUCUUCUGUUUGUGUUGUUGAAGAUUCGAAAAUGCCUUCAGCAUCCAUUGAACAUGGUUCUCCAAAGAAACCAGAGUCACCUGAAAUCCAUAAACCUAGCGGUGCUGAUUUGGAUUGUCGCAUUACUCCUACAAGUUCUUCUGAAAUUGGUGGUGGCAGCAAUUUUUCUGGAACUAGUGCAGAGGUACCUGAAAACUUGAAUGAUUCUGUGACUAAAAGCUGUUUGGAGAUGAGUGUUUCCAUAUCUGAAAAAGUUCUAGAGAGCGAGCUUCUGACAUCUAACUCCGAUGAUCUGAAGUGUGUCCCUGAUCCUGAGGAGGCAAAGGAUGCCGUAGGUGUGAGGUCUCAAUUGGGUGAUACGGCCGGAAAAAAAAAUCUGCAGUUAAAUCCUACUAAUUUCGAUGAUGCUGUUUCUUCCGAAAAGGCUGAAAUGAUUUCUGGAGGCCAUACUUCGAAUUGUCCACCUAAUACUUCGACUGAGGAAGCUCUUGCAGACCAGAUUGUGACUGAAGAGACGUCUUGUGGUGUUCACAAUCCCGGAUCUUCACAAUUUCCGAUGAAUGAGAAAAAUCUAAUCUCAGAUGUUGCUCACCCUGGGUCUGGUGGUCAGAUUGAAUUGGUUACAAACAGGGAUAGUGGCACCGAGUUGUCUGUGGUUGUUGCAGAUGCCGGAAAUGACCUUGUCAAGAUAUCUGGUGUUGAAGCGGAUUCUUCUGUGGUGCAACUGUCUUCAGGAGAUAUUUUAUCCGAUUCUGUUGCAUCGUUGACAACUACAGAACCUUUGCCAACAGAACAGCAAGUAACAAAUCUAUCUACUGAAGGUAAGGGUGAAGAAAUCGAUGGUGAUAAAAAAGGAACUACCCCCUUGAUUCCAGUAGAACAGAUGAAUGUGCAGCCCACAGUUGGGUCUCAUGUGCUCGAGAGAAGUUAUGAGGAAUCUCAACGAUCUCCAAUGAGAAUUGAUGAAAGUUCAUAUGUGGAUAGCAAAUCUCUCGAUACUACAAAUCAGACGAGUGAAGAGGACGAGGCAAAACGUAAAGAAGGUGAGAGUCCGGAUGAUCAGAUAUGCGAUCUUGGACCAAGUUCUGCUGCAAUCCAAUUAUCGAUGCCGCACACUGAUGGACUAAAGACCCACACUGGCAAUAAGAACUCUAUAUCACUUGUUCAUGAAGAUUAUGGCAGUCCUCUAUCUGAUUCUGCCAAUGCAGAACAAGAUUCUGGAGAAUCUGCUUCAAUUCUAGGAGGCGACAGUUGUAAACUUGGUGGAGAAGCUAGUACCGCCGACACAGAGAUGGUGGAUGCAUCAGUUCAAUUGCCUUUCUCUGCAGAGCAAGUGGGAGUAGGUACAGACUCCCCUUCGUCUCUACCAGUGAUAGAGGGAGACAAGGCCGAGAACCCAUCGGACGAGAGAAACAUUGUUGCUGGUGAAGCCAGCGGCAUAAAUGUUUCAAUUCAGCCAGAGGAUUUGUGCAUGAACCUAGGUGAAACUGAGGAGCCUGCGCAGAUGGGAACAGUUGGUGAUGCAAGUGACCGAGCUGAAGAUGAUAUGGCCAUUGAUGUCUUGAGGGAAAAAGAAGAAUCAAAGGAUCAACGAGAGCAUUUGUCUUCAGCCUUAAGUUCAGUGGAAGAUAACAAGGCUGAGAACCCAUCGGACGAGAGAAACAUGAUUGAUAUAAAUCCAUCGGUUCAGCCAGAGGAUUUGUCCAGGACCCUAGGUGAAACUGAGGGGCCUGCACAGAUGGGAGAAGUUGGUGAUGCUAGUGACCAUUCUGAAGAUAAUGUGGCCGUUAGUGUCUUGGGGGAAAAAGAAGAAUCAAAUGAUCAACGAGAGCAUUUGUCUUCAGAAUUAAGUUCUGGGGAAGAGACUAAGGCUGAGAACCCAUCGGACGAGAAAAACAUGAUUGAUGGUGAAGCUAGCGGUAUGAAUGCUUCGGUUCAGCCAGAGGAUAUGUCCAGAAGUCUAAUUGAAACUGAGGAGCCUGCACAGAUGGGAAAAGUUGGCGAUGCAGGUGACCAUUCUGAGAAUGUGGCCGUUAGUGUCUUGGGAGAAAAAGAAGAAUCACAGGAUCAGCAAGAGCAUUUGUCUAUAGCAUUAAGUUCAGAGGAAGAGAACAAGGCUGAGAAUCCAUCGGACGAUAGAGACAUGAUUCAUGGUGAAGCCAGCGGUAAAAAUGUUCCAGUUCAGCCAGAGGAUUUACCCAUGAAUCUAGUUGAAACUGAAGAGCCCACACAGGUAGGGGAAGUUGGUAAUGCAAGCGACCAGCCUGAAGAUAAGGAAAAAGAAGAAUCAAAUGAUCAAGGAGAGCAUUUGUCUUCAGCAUUAAGAUCAGAGGAAGAGACCAAGGCCGAAAACACACCAGAAGAGAUAAACAUGACCGAUGGUGAAGGCAGCGGUAUUAAUGUUUCGGUUCAGCCAGAGGAUUUGUCCAGGAGUCUAGUUGAAACUGAGGAGCCCACACAGAUGGGGGAAGUUGGUAAUGCAAGCGACCUGUUUGUAGAUAACAUUGGUGUCUUGGAGGAAAAAGAAGAAUCAAAGGAUCAACGGGAGCCUUUGUCUUCAGCAUUAAGUUCAGAGGAAGAGAACAAGGCUGAGAACCCAUCGGAUGAUACAGACAUGAUUGAUGGUGAAGCCAGCGGUAUAAAUGUUUCUGUUGAGCCUGAGGAUCUGUCCAGGAAUCUAGUUGAAACUGACGAGUCCACACAGAUGGAGGAAGUUGGUAAAGCAGGCGACCAGUCUGAAGAUAAUGUGGCCAUUGGUGUCUUGGAAGAGAGAGAAGAAUCAAAGGAUCAACAAAAGCAUUUGUCUUCAGCAUUAAGUUCCGAGAAAGAAACCAAGGCCGAGAACGCACCGGAAGAGAUAAACAUGACUAAGGCCGAAAACACACCAGAAGAGAUAAACAUGACCGAUGGUUCAGCCAGCGGUUUUAAUGUUUCGGUUCAGCCAGAGGAGUUUUCCAUGAAUGUAGCUGAAACUGAGGAGCCCACACAGGUGGAGGAAGCUGGUAAUGCAAGCGGCCAGUCUGAAGAUAAUGUGGCCAUUGGUGUCUUGGAGGAAAAGGAAGAAUCAAAGGAUCAAGAAGAGAAUUUAUCUUCAGAGGUAGAGAACAAGGCUGAGAACCCAUCGGAAGAUAGAGACAUGAUUGAUGGUGAAGCCAGCGUUCAGCCAGAGAUUGUGUCCACAAAUCUAGAUGAAACCGAGGAGCCCACACAGAUGGGUGAAGUUGGUAAUGCAAGCGAUCAAUCUGAAGAUAAUGUGGCCACUGGUGUCUUGGUGGAGAAAGAAGAAUCGGAGGGGCAACAAGAGCAUUUGUCUUCAGCAUUAAGUUCCCAGAAAGAGAAUGAGGAAAGCUUGCCAGUGGAGGAUCCAACAGUUGGUGGUUUAGACGAAUCAGAGGCUAAGUGCUCUGUCUCAGAAUCUGACGUUAAAGGAGAUAGUAAGAAAUGUGUUGGAACUAGCGAAUCAGCCGACUUGGAUUCAGAGGCACCGCCAGAAUCAGUAAACUCCAUCUCUGCUGCUGUUGAACCAAGUUCAGAACCAUCAAAUCCCUUGGUCCCCGAAGAGAGCAAAUCAGAGGAGUUAAAAGACGUUGCAGACGUUUAGUUUACUCCAUCUGGAUUAUGUUGUAGAAGUAUAAUAAUCUUAAUUCAGCAACUCAAAACAAGUAUUUGUAGUCAUGUGGCGUUAGCUGCAUGUUAGCCGCUUAUCGAGGUGCUUGUAUCACCUAAGAAACAUAAAUCUAAACUUGCAGUGCAUAUUAAAACGGCAAAUUAACAGCUUCUAAAUCA